CAAACUACCCUCGUCGAUCUCGAGGCCUUCUAACCUAUCUAUCAUACAUUGUUACAUACAUACUUACCCAUGAACGGCCUCAGCCCGCUGGCUGGCGCGUCCCUUCGGCUCGAGGUGCACCAUGGCAAUUCUUAACCGUUUCCCGUUGGUUUGCCCAAAUCGGAUUCGACCAGAUAAGAGGGUGCCGAUAGCUCCUGUGCCAGCCGUACUUUCGCCGAGGCAGCAAUUGGUGUGCGGCCCGACGAUGCGGACGGAUGUGCGAGAUGAAAGUACACCCUUCCCCGCGAUACUCAUCAGCAUACAGCGUGCAGACUCUGCUCAAGCUGAGACUCUACAGCCAGUGUGAGCAGUGGCCAUUGACUACAGCCAGAUGUCGGCACAGAUGAAAGCAGUCCAAUAUGAAUCGCCCCGCAAUUUCACGCUCACAGAGGUGCCGAUUCCAAAGCCAGGAGAUGAUGAGGUGUUGUUGAAAGUUACAUGCUGCGGUGUAUGCGGAACAGAUGGCCAUGUACACGAAGGAGAAUUCAUCGCGUCUUUCCCGCUGAUCCCGGGACAUGAAGUCGUUGGCGUCAUAGCAGAAAUUGGGAAGAACGUCAAAGGUUUCGCAAAGGGCGACCGGUGUGUUGCAGAUCCUGGCGUCACUUGCGGCUCCUGCUUCUAUUGUCGGCGCGGAGAGACUCUGCUCUGCGAGAACUUCCAGGGCAAGGGCGUCAGCGCGACCCAGCCAGGGGGCUUCAGCGAGUACAUCACUUUCUCUGCCCACAAGGUCUACAAGAUCUACAACCUCACCGAUGAAGAGGCCACCCUGAUCGAGCCUGCGGCGUGCGCCAUCCAUGGGAUGGACAAGCUCGAGACGGCGGUGGGCAUCGAUGCCCUGGUCAUCGGUGCCGGCCCGACCGGCCUUGUCCUUGCGCAGCUCCUCAAGCUCAACGGCGCGACCAAAGUCGUCAUCGCGGCGAACAAGGGUAUCAAGACCGAGAUAGCGAAGCAGCUCGACGCAGGCGACGAAUACAUCGAGCUCGAUCGGGUCAACCCCGAGACACAGUGGGCUCAGCUCAAACAGGACAAUCCGUACGGCUUCGACGUUGUUGUGGAGGCGACGGGGUCGGAGAAGAUCGCGAACGAAGCAAUCAACUACGUCCGCCGCGGCGGGAAGCUGAUGAUCUACGGCGUGUACGACAACGCCGCGCGCGUGCGCUGGCCGCCCUCGAAGAUAUUCGGCGACGAAAUCCAGAUCAUUGGGUCCUUCGCGCAAACGUAUUGCUUCCCCCGGGCGGUGCAGUACCUCGAUAGCGGCAAGAUCCGCGUGAAGGGGAUGGUGACGGACGUGUUCACCAUCGCGGAGUACGAGCAGGCGCUGGCAAAGAUGCAUAGUCGCGGAGCGCUGAAGAUUGCUGUCAAACCCAGCUGAACUUGUCAAGCCACUCGAUAGAUAAUCCCUCGUAGAUUGGGGCAUCGCGAUAUUGCUGCGGUGACAGUCGGCAUGAACGUCAACGAGGUGGGCUCUGAGUGGACAGUAGUAUCAAUGAUGGAUACCUUAUUAGCGCGAAGUUCUGGUGUUUCCCGCUCCCGUCGCACUCAACUCCGCAACGAGAAGCUUACCCGCGAAGGACAUUGACGCUUCUGCGUAUACGUCCCCGUGUGAAGUUGCACUUGAGAAAUCAGCGACUAGUGAGCAUAC